AAAUGCUAUAAAAUGUUUUGCUGUGACCAGUCAUUUGUAGUAACUUUGCCGAUCCAGCAGAAGCGUCUAAUAUCUGCACGAUGAAACACCAAAUUCUGGGGUCAUAUUUUCUAUUUUUUAUUUAUUGCACACAAACUCUCGUGUCAUUGUCAAAUGGAUCGUCAAAAAUUGCAAAGAGAACAUUUGCCAUUGAAACUUAUGCGUGGACUGCCGUAGGAUGGAAUGAGACAGACAUCGAAAGUUCGAUUUUGGAUGACAAUCUCCAAGUUAUGGAGGAAUCAAAAAAUCGACCUCAUUUCAACUCAUCCGCAAUUGACUACAUCAGUAUUUUCCCUGAAUAUGCACUUACAACGACGGAGGUGAUUCACAACAGGACUUUGGCAGGUAAGCUUGCACAAAGGGUACCAGAACCUGGAAACGUUUUUGUGCCCUGCAAAGUUGGAAGCAAUGAUCCGGACGAGCUCGUUAUCACGCGGUUGUCAUGCUUGUCACGAAACAAUUACGCAUAUACUGUGGCAAGCCUUUUGGAAAAAGUGCCGCGCCUUUGCGGAAUGAGCGACAAAGACUGCGACGGGCUGCGAAUUUACAGCACGACUGUCGUUUUUGACAAAAAUGGAUAUUUGAUUGCAAAAUACCGGAGGUUUAAUUUGAUACAUGAGACAGCGCUCGAUGCGGCGCCGUCGUUUGAACCGAUCACUUUCACCACAGAGAGCAAUGUAACUUUCGGUCUCCUUACGGGCUACGAUUUGCUAUUUCUAGAACCGUUUAAGUCGCUUUUGAAUAAAAGUGUUCACCACUUCAUCUUCAACGGCGCAUGGCAAAAUAAAAUGCCUUUCGAAUUUUCAACCUCAGUGGAAAUGGGCUGGGUUGAAGCAAACAAAAAAAAUAAUCCAACUUUCUUGACGUCCUCAAACUAUCAAAGAGCGGAACUUGGUUAUUCCGGCUUUGGUAUCUUUUUCCCAAGCGGAUCCUAUUCCGUGAGCCACCCUGUUGGCUCUGGUGGGUACCUAUCUCUUGGAAUGGCCAUAGAAGAUCCGAUAAAUUUACAAGAAAAAAGAGAUGAGCAAAAAUUCAGCCGUGAAGUUGUGGCGGACGAAGGAAUGGAUCUCAGCAAUUAUACAGCGGUCGCUGUCCCUUUGAGCAGUCAAAGUCAGAACUCAAUUGAAGUUUGCCACUCUGACGGAUUUUGCUGCACAUUAACCUACCAGACGUUUUCAAGCGGCUCUUCUGCUACAACGAAUUAUCAGUUGCUUGCAUUCAAUGGAAAUCGCACUGCUGCCGACGGGAGGGUCCUGUUUAAUGAGCAGACGUGCGGUCUCGUCGCUUGUUCCGGCACGGACAAGUUGACCUGCAUCGCCCCCAAAUCUGAAACUACGUACACCGAUAAUGUUUUUUUCACCAGACUUUGGCUGGCAGGAAAUUUUUCCUCUGAUCAAGUCCGACCAGUGACAAUGGCCGGAGACGAAAACUCGUACAUUUCACUGGGGCAACUCAGUUUGACGAUACAACCACAAGAAGGAGGUUAUAAUGUAUCCUACUACAAUAACCAAGGCAGGGCUGUUAAAGUUAAAACUUUUGCCCUUUCGUCAACCGACUUUCCCGUUAGGCACAGUACAAACGCUGCAAAUUUCCUCAUCCCCCAGUUUAUUUCUUUAAAUCUUUGUAUAAUUAUCGCAUUGCGCAGAAUUAUUUGUUGAAAUGUGCGAUGAGUAUUCAAUUAAACGUAAAAUUGAUACUGAAAAUCUCCUGAGCGUAUUAAAAUAAAAUUAAUUAAUUCCUUAAUUUUCUGGUUAUUAUUGACUGAGAAUCAAGAAUAAUUAAUAAUAAUAAUAAUAUUAUAUUCAUUGGACGCAAUGGCGCGUUUUCAAGUUCAAUCAACUAAAUUUGGAAAAGAUGCGCAGCCUUUACUCAAAUCAACAUAACAUAUUAAAUCAAAAGUAAAUUAAAUAUAUGUAAUUAAUAUUAUAAAAUGCUAAAAGCGUGCGUAGGUAAUUUGCUGAUGACCUGCUAAAUAUGCUAUACUUUUCAAACAGCACGGAAAG